GGGAAAGGAAAAAGUUGGAACAACUUCUUAGAAAAACUUUCAGCUUCUUUUUUCCCCAGCGCUGCCACUGGGUCCUAGCGCCCGGCUGAGGGCUUGAUCCUCGAGUAGGUCCCUUUCUCCUUCCCCAAAUUGGGAUGGGAGAAUGGGAGUGGGAUAGUGAAGCUGAGCGAACCUUCCGAGCCCAUACUGGGCUUCCCACUAGAGUCCAAGAAGGUUCCUGAGUAGGCACCGUCCACACUGCGUGCUCAGCCACUGGUCUCUAAGAGCUAACAAGACUUCUCGGUUCCCAGGACCCUGGAGAAAUGGGGGUGGAAAUAUGGGCUGGGGUCCCUCUUCUGCCGGGAGACUUUCCGGAAUAGUAGAGACUGGUGGAGGUGGAGCAGAGACAGGACUACAGAUAAGGGAAGCACCGGUUAAGCGACUAUUAUGUGCCAGGCACUGUGCUAAACUGGUUACAAAUAUUAUCUCCUUUAAUGGGGUGACCUGAAACCACAGGAUUAAAUAGUAUUAAAUUCCCGCUCUCCCUCCGCCCCGACAGUCUGGUCAUCUGGAAACAUGGUGAAGUGGACGGUGCGUGUGGAGAGAACGACGGGCUUGGAGACGGUCCUCUUCUCAAUUUCCCGAUCAGAAAGAGUGGAGGAGAUUGAGGGCUCCACAUGUAGAAAGCCUGGGCCACUCCCUUGCAGCCAGACAGUUCAGAGCUAGGGUGUCCUCCCUAAAGCCAGACUUCUAGGCAGCUUUGUUCUCCCCAGUGGAGUUGAAGGUAUUGUAAGGGGUGCUGGGAAUUUGGUGGCGUUUAGACCAUUGCUUCUUGCUGGCUCCCCAAGGACAAAUUCCUGGGGAUAUUUUCCAUUUCCUCUUUGGGGAGUCUCCAACGAGGCAACUUUCUAUUCCCACUCUGUUCUAAGCCCUAGGACCCCCAUCCAGUAAGACAGGCACUAAGACCCAGCUGGCUGCCCCUCUGCUCCUCCCUGACCAGUCCCCCAGAUCCCCGCCCCUUUCCCCAUCUGCCAACUCCUUCUUCAGCAUCUGGAGGCCAGGGCCCUCAAGGAGCCAGUGGGACUCCGGGCUUGGGGCAUGGGGCAGUCGUGGGGGCUUCUGCUUCUCCUGGUGGGCAGUGCCUGGGCACAAUAUGAGAAGUAUAGUUUUCGGGGCUUUCCUCCUGAGGACCUCAUGCCCCUAGGCUCAGCCUAUGCCUAUGCCCUGGAGCAGUAUGAGGGUGAGAGCUGGAAGGAGAGCGCCCGCUACCUGGAGGCAUCCCUGAGGCUGCACAGGCUACUUCAGGACAGUGAGGCCUUCUGCCAUGCCAACUGCAGCAGUGCCAGGCCCUCUGGGGAGCACUCCCCAGCCUGGGGGACCCAAGAAGAGCUGCAGGAAGAGUGGGGCCGAGAGCUCUGGUUCUUUGGGCAGGUGUUGGAGCGGGCAGCCUGCCUGAGGCGGUGCAAACGGACACUGCCAGCCUUCCAGGUACCUUACCCUCCUCGGCAACUGCUCAAGGACUUUCAGAGUCGGCUGCCUUAUCAAUAUCUUCAUUAUGCCCUAUUCAAGUCUAACCAGCUAGAGAAAGCAGUGGCUGCUGCCUACACCUUCUUGCAAAGGAAUCCCAAGCAUGAGAUGACCACCAAGUACCUUAACUACUACAGGGGACUCCUGGAUGUGGAUGAGUACCUCACAGACCUGGAGGCUCACCCCUAUGAGGCAGUGUUCGUCCAGGCUGUGAAGCUCUACAAUAGCGGUGAUUUCCGUAGCAGUGUUGGGGAUAUGGAACGAGCUCUUGCUGAAUAUCUCACUGUCUUUGCCAAUUGCCUGGCUGGUUGUGAGGGGGCCCAUGAGCUCUCAGAUUUCAAAGACUUCUAUCCAGCAAUUGCAGACCGUUUUGCAGAAUCUCUGCAGUGCAAAGUGGACUGUGAGACCAAUUUAACCCCCAAUGUGGGUGGCUACUUUGUGGACAAAUUCGUGGCUACCAUGUAUCAUUACCUUCAGUUUGCUUACUACAAAUUGAAUGAUGUUCGACAGGCUGCCCGAAGUGUAGCCAGCUACAUGCUUUUUGACCCUGCAGACAGCGUAAUGCAGCAGAACCUGGUGUACUACCGAUUUCACCGAGAGCGAUGGGGCCUGCAGGAGGAGGACUUCCAGCCCCGAGAGGAAGCAAUGCUGUACCAUAACCAGACCACAGAACUCCGGGAACUGCUAGAUUUUGCUCGAUUAUAUUUGCAAUCAGAUGAUGAGAUGGAGCUAGAGGAGACAGAACUACCAUUGGAGUCAGAACCACCACCAUCAGAUGCAGAGUUUGAAGGAGACGGUGACUAUGAAGAAGGCAUCUAUGCAGAUUGGUGGCAAGAGCCCAAUGCCAAGGGUGAUGAGGCAGAAGCUGAGCCUGAGCAAGCAUGAGAUGAAUCUGCUGUAGGGAGCACUCCAAAUGACCAGGGCCCUUCUACCUCCGAGGAAGCAGCAGCAGCCACAACAACAAAUAUUUAUUAAAAAUUCAUGAUGAACAGAACUGGCAUUCCCCUUCUGCCUCCACCGCACUCUCCAAACCUUAGGGGCUCCACCCCUCCAGGUCUUCAAUUUUUCAUUCUUCAUCUCUUCUCUCUAGUUCCAAUGGAGCCAGGGCUACAUGUAUUGUCCAAGGGGGACGGGAGAGAACUUCCCCACUCUACUUUGGUUUCUCCUGUCCUCCUCUGUCCCAAGUCCCUGGACUCAGGAACCCGAGAUUCUUAGCAAUGAAGCUAUGGAUGGAAGCACUUGCAACCCUUGGAUGAUGCCUUAAAGUGGACUUUGACAAGUGUUGGAGACAAGAAGAACAGCCUACUGUAGUGGAAAAGAGCACUGGAAUAAGAGUUGGGAAGUCUGAGUUCAAAUCCUGGCUGUCUCACUAAUUAGCUGGGUGAACUUUAGGCAGUCACUUCCCUUCUCUGGAACUUAAUUUUCUUAUCUGAAGAAUAAGGGUGUUGGAUUGGAUGACAGUCCUAUGGAGGGUCUGUGUCCUGUGAGAAGGAGGAGGAGGAUUGAUAUAAAUGUGCUGGUUUAAAAUUCUCAAGGAUGUGUCCAUUUCCUCUUGUCCAGUCUUGGGAAUGGGGGUGUACUGCUGAUUAUCUGGGAUAGGGA